CAACACCUUUUUCAUAUUUUACACGAUUUCUGUCUCUCGUCUUUAUUUAUUUUUUUCACAGAAUAAAUAACUCAUUUUUACCGAGAGUCGUAGCAUUAUUACAGGGGUGAGGAGGGACAAUAUAGAGCUGAUGAAUAAUCGACUGGAGGGCAAAGCAAUAAUAAGAAGAAGUAGAUAACGGAAUUAUCAGAUCAAUAGCACAGAUUUAUAUAUUUUUCAUAUCAAUGGCUACGGAGACGAAAAGCUGUGCGGUGAAGGUGAGGCCGAGCCUGCAAGAUGGUCCUUCAAAAGGAAAGUUGGAUUCUUCUUCUGCCAACAGGAAGAAGGUUGAGGGCUCAAUCAAACAGCCUAUUGAUUCAAAGCAGAAAUCUGCGACUACUGUCGCAAAAACUGAGGUUAAGUCGAAAACAACAUCAGCAUCAGCAAAAACAACAACAAAGACUACUACCAAAGUAAGAGAGAAGAAAGUGUACACUUUGCCCGGUCAGAAAUACGAUCCUCCUGAAGAGAGAGAACCCCUCAGGAUUUUCUAUGAGUCAUUGUCAAAACAGAUCCCCACAAGCGAAAUGGCAGAAUUUUGGUUGCUGACGGAGGCAUGAGCAUGGUAGCCUGUACAAGGUCAAAAUGAUCAAAAGAUUGUAUCACUAGGCUUGCAUAGUUAUCUCUUUCACAAUUGUAAUGCCCUUUCUGGCUAACGAGGCAAGGUGGUUCACUUAUCCUAACAUUUGUUCGGGGACACCUCUUUGGCUUGAAGAACCUCCACCAACAAUUGUACCUCCAUUCGUUUGGGGGAAAUUGCCGCUGACAAGAUGAUAAUUUGCUUAACUUGUUUUUGCUUUCUCUCUAAGUGGGCAAUGUUCUGGGUUAGAAAAACUGGGAGAUGGUGUAUCAUUUAUUGGCAGUAAGCCUACAACUUGAGCAUUGCAACCAUCAUGACCUUUCCAGUAGACGAAUUGUAGUCUUGGAUUCCAAGCCAACUUAUGAUUUCCUUUCUCGCAUCAGUCUUUGAGCAAUCCAACCCAAAUUAAGCUUCAUCUGAUGUACGCUACUACUUAAAUGCAUGAAUCUGUUGCGAAUAUUAGCACUAUCAACUGUAACUAAUAUAGAUUGAGUCUUUCAGUUUCACUAGUUAAAAUAUUUAUAUUGCGAGCU